UUCUGCUUCGUCCUCAUUGCCUGACCAGCUGCAUCCGGAGGGACACUCGUGACACAGAGACAAAGAGGGAGGGAAGAAGAGAGAGAAAAUCUCGCGCGCGUGCAUUCUCGUUGUCCCGAGUGAAGUUGUCCGCGGCAAUCCGCGUCGAGUCGCAUCGAGAUAAUCCUUGACACGGCCCGCGCCGGCAGAUUCAGAUAAGCCAUUAUCUUCAGAGAUAGAUAUUCCCGUGGGAGGCGCGAAUCCACGCCGGAGUACGCCGAAAUGACGGAGUCGGAGAAUAUCUUUUUAUUCGUGCCGAAUAUCAUCGGUUUCGGCAGGGUGAUUCUGGCACUGAUCUCCUUCUACUUCAUGUCCACCAACUAUGUCAUUGCGUCUUGGUGUUACGUGGUCAGUUCGCUGCUGGACGCAAUAGACGGCCAUGCGGCCAGGUAUUACAAUCAGAGCACCAAAUUCGGUGCGAUACUGGAUCAAUUGACAGACAGAAUUGGCACCAUGUGCCUUAUGGUCACAUUGUGCCUGUUCUAUCCAACUUACACCUUCUGGUUUCAAGUGAGCAUGGCUAUCGACAUAGCCUGCCACUGGAUAUACUUGCACACAACUCUAUUGCAAGGAAAGACCAGUCACAAGUUUAUUGAUAUGUCUGAGAAUCCGAUCAUGAGAUUGUACUACACAAACCGCAUGGUACUAUUCUUCAUGUGCGCUGGUAAUGAAGCGUUCUACGCCGGUCUGUACCUGUUGCACUUUACCGAAGGACCAAUUUUUGCCGGUGUAGGUCUGUACAGACUGAUCGUGUACCUGAGCGCUCCGAUAGCGCUUGUUAAAACCGCCAUUUCCGUGUUACACGGAUACGUAGCGUCUAUCAAUCUCAGCAUCAUCGACGUGAAAGAACGUCAGGAGCGGCUUAAAGUGAAUUAAAUGUCGAUUUCUCUGUCAACACGUUGUUUCCUAGUCAAAUUGAAUGUGAUGUACAAAUCUUCCUACUCUGUAAACUGGCACACGCAUGUUUACAUAAUUCCAUAUAUAUUUUUAAGGAGCUGAAAGAAUGUGUUUAAAGAUGCGUGGUCAAAAGAUGUCUCUCUAUUUUACUUCUGUCCAUCUCCACCAAAGCAGAUUAACUUUCCUCUUCAUUUAACUUACUCUUAAUUUUUUUCUGUAAUUCUUGGAACAAAAAAAGAUGAAGAGUAAGUUAAACUGGGAUCAAAGUUAAUACACAUUGGCCAAAAUGGACGGUAUAGGUCUAUUUUGUAACUUUUAACGACGGCAUGUUAUUGUUACACAGAUGUAACAUAUAAUAAAAGAACCAAGAGUUAUGGAAUAGGCCUAUAAAUCGACAUUAGAUGCGUAGGAAAUACUGUUCUUUGAAGAUAGCCCAAAGCUAAAUGGCCAAAUCCUUUCCUCAUAUUUUAGAACAUAUGUGAAAUUCCAUGUCUUUGUGAAAAAGGAAAGGAACUCAUUUUUUAAAUACUAUCAAUAGCGAUCAGAAUAUCUUGUUGUCAAUGUAGCAUUACAUUUCAUAGAGAUAUAGGAUGUCGUUUUAUAGCAUUUAUUACACCAGAACAGUAAUUUAUUUUCAGACUCUAUUUCUUUAUACGUAUAUGUAUUAAUUUAUAUGUCCUAUUUUCAGGACCUUCGAUAUGUAGAAAUAACUGCAGACGUAUCAAUAAUCUCUAUACUUUUUUUUACAUUUUUCCAGUAGACAUGUAGAGGAUCUAACAUAUUCUUCGUGUAGCCAAUGCACGCAGUAAGAAUAAUUUUAAUGUAUCACAAUGUGUUGAAUAAAAAACAUAAUUUCAGC